GCGCAUGUGGCCCUCUCCGUCCGUUCAGCGACAGCAGCAGCGCCAGUCGAGCAGCAGCAGCAGCACAGCAAGACCAGUACAACGAGCUACAGCCGACACUAUGAGUCCAGGGUUCAGUCCUCGAGGAGGGUUCGGUGACCGCGGUGGACGAGGCGGGUUCGGUGAGCGUGGAGGACGAGGUGGAUUUGGCGACCGCGGAGGACGAGGAGGGUCCGGUGACCGUGGACGAGGAGGGUCCGGUGACCGUGGACGAGGAGGAUUCAGAGGACGAGGUGGAGGAAGCUUCAGGUCUCCAGACGGUGGAGGAUUCAGGGGCCGAGGGGGCAGCAGAGGCGCCCCGAGAGGGAGGGGAGGCUUUGGAGCAGGGAGGAAGGUGGUGGUCGAGCCUCACAGACACGAAGGAGUGUUCAUCUGCAGAGGGAAGGAGGAUGCCCUGGUGACGAAGAACAUGGUGGUGGGAGACUCCGUGUACGGAGAGAAGAGGAUCAGCGUGGAGGAAGGAGACGUGAAGAUUGAGUACAGAACCUGGAAUCCGUUCCGCUCCAAGCUGGCAGCCGCCAUUUUGGGGGGAGUGGACCAGAUCCACAUCAAGCCCGGAUCAAAGGUCCUGUACCUGGGAGCCGCGUCGGGCACCACAGUGUCCCACGUCUCUGACAUCGUUGGACCGGAGGGGCUCGUCUACGCCGUGGAGUUCUCCCAUCGAUCGGGUCGCGACCUUCUCAACGUGGCGAAGAAACGCACCAACAUCAUUCCCAUCAUCGAAGACGCUCGCCACCCACACAAAUACCGCAUGCUAGUUGGCAUGGUAGAUGUGAUCUUUGCAGAUGUUGCCCAGCCCGACCAGACGAGAAUCGUUGCUUUGAACGCUCACAAUUUCCUAAAAAACGGAGGCAACUUUGUCAUCUCCAUCAAGGCUAACUGCAUCGACUCGACGGCGCCCCCAGAGGCCGUGUUUGCCUCAGAAGUGAAGAAGAUGAGCGCUGAGAACAUGAAGCCCCAGGAGCAGCUCACGCUGGAGCCCUACGAGAGAGACCACGCCGUGGUGGUGGGCAUCUACAGACCGCCCCCAAAGCAGAAGAAGUGAGGUGUCCAAAAAGAAGCCGGUGUGGAUUUUACCAACCGCCAUCUGCUUUUUAUUGUUGUCCGUUGCUCUCCUCCAACCUCCAACCAUGAGAUGAGCAUGCGGGGGUCAAACACGUCUGGGUUUCGUCUUUUGAGUUAACUGACCGAUGCUGCUGGAGUCUCUAUAUCACCGAGGACGUUUGAACGCAUCACAAGUGUCUGUAUCCAGGAAGGAUGACCAGUAGAAAUUAAAGACUGUAAAAUAGUCGUACGGUGACUUCUGUUUUUCUUAAAUUCAGCUCCCGCUUCCUUGUGAACGACGUUCUCUUUUUUUCAACUUUUCAAAGCCUUUUUUAAUGAUUUGAAGUUGGUUUAAAAAGUAAAAACAAACACAUUUCUGGUUUUAUUUGGGCUCCAGUAAGGUUUCUUGGUCAGUGCUUUUCUUUUGAUAGUGUAUCACUUCUCUAUGCUCCUCAUUCUUUUCUUGUAGAAUGUCUUCUUUCCCGAUCUUAUCUGGCGCAUCUGACUCCAGAUGUCUCAGUCCACUCAUCCUCCAUUGUACAGACAUUAAAUGGGCCUUCCUCCACUCAGACCUGUAGAUCGAUAGAACCCUCUGAAGAAGGUUAUUUACAACAAUGUAACCUUUGAACAGUUUAUAUUUUCGUUUUUUGACAUAAUGGCAACUUUGUUUUAAUAAAAUGUUUAUGAUUGCUA